CACCUUCUUGCUUCCGUACCGUUUGGGUUUCGCCGCCGGUGAGGCUCCGGGAGAGGAGUGAGGAGGAGUAGGAGGCGGCGAGGUGAGGUGAGGUGAGGAUCGAUCGGUCAGUCGGCCAUGGACGAGGUGGUGGAUCCGGACCUGGAGGACCCGAACCCGGACGUGGGGGAGCUGUUCAGGCACUACGACGGGCUCUACUUCCGCGGGGCGCUCGCCGGCGCCGGCUUCUCCGUCCGGUGGAGCUCGCCGCAGACGCCGCCGCGGGUGGCCGGUCCUUUUGGUUCCUGUAUCUUCGAAAAACCAGACAAUACCAUAACACUGUCUGAACCUGUGCUGAAAUAUCGCUCAAGUACUGAUACAAAGAAUGCGUUGCUGCAUCAGAUGAUCCAUGCAAUCUUAUUUGUAAAGCAUCAUAGGAAGGACUGCCGGGGACAUGGUCCUAUUUUUCGCGCUUGGAUGACUGCUAUCAACUCCUGCUCUGUCGACGAUCAUCAGAGACCACCUGAUGGAUACAAUAUUACCACCCGCCAUGAUUUUUCUGCAGACAACUCCCCUCGCAGCCUCAAUAGUUCGCUGUGGAAAUGUGAAUAUUGCGGGGAUACACUUGUGAGGGCCAUGAACAUGGGUGCUCCAUCUGAUGCCUGCUGCAUUGAGAAUGUUGACGAGUACUCAACCUGUGGCAACAUGCUUUGCCACUGGCAUAACCACAAGAUGGGCUGUGAUGGCACAUAUGCAAAUAUGGGCAAAGCAAAACGGACACAACUUACACAAGAUCCAAACAAUGUUCAAGCUUCUCCAGGUACUAAAAGGUGCCCAACUGACAUGCAAAUGGCCAAGUCACAAAUAGCCAUACAAGAACCAGAGUCACCAGAUUCAGAUGGAUUGCAGCAGGAUGCUACUGUCAGGAAACCAGAAGCAGAGGGCAAGCUUCUCACACUUGGCAAUGUAAAAUCAACAGGAAGAAGCUCUUCAAAGAAGGGAGUGAAGAGGCAUAGGCCUGAAAACACUCAAGAUGUGAAUGAUAUGCUUACUGCCCCUCUGAAAAACCCGAAGCUGGGACUAGACUUGGUUUCAUCAUGGAAGCGCAGAGUAUCAUCUAUAGUUGGUAGCAAUAACGCAAAAUCAUCAGGAGGUAGUGCUUCAAGAAAGGAAAGCAAACCGCAUAUGCCUGAGAAUGUUGAGGAGUCCAGUGUCCUGCCUUCUCUCUCUCAAAAAAAGCUGAAACUGAAUGAAGACUUGGUUGUAUCAGGGAAGAAUGAGACUUUAUCCCUAGUGAAUUGCAGCAAUGGUAAAUCAGCAGCAAGUAACUCUUCAAAAAAAGUAAGAGAGCAGCAUGAACUAGAAGGAGUUCAGAAAUCAUGUGUUCAACCUGCUAGCCCUCCAAGAAAACUGAGACAAGAUUUUGUUGCAUCGGUCAAAACCGAUAUUUCUUCUUUAGAUAGUAACUGCAAUGCUAAAGUGUUGAGAAGUAGCCCCUUAAAAUGUUCAGGCAAGCAGCAUGAGAAAGCAGACAUCCAGAAAAGCGGUGCUCUGCCCUCUGGCUCUGAAAGUAAACUCAAGCGACAGAAUGAAAUUAGCUCCUCAACUAAGGCAGGGGUGCAGGACAAGUCUAGAAACACUCAGAAAAACAUUGAUCCGCCUGCUUCGCCUCAAACAAAACUGAAACAAUCAGUGUUGCAGAAACAGAGACAGUCCAAAACUAGGAAGUCUGCUAAUGAAAAGUUCGCUGUGAUUAGCGCUUGGCUGAACUACUAUGAGUCAGAAGGAUCAAGUGGAUCAACUGAGCCCCUGGUAAACAAAAGAACAGAGCGGAGAAGGAGAGCGAGGAACAGAAUAACUUACACACGGUCAAGGAAGCGAAAUGCCGGAGUAAGCAGCUCCAUCAAGACACAACCUUCUGAAGAUGGCUCAUCUCAUUCUCAUGCAAAAGCUGCAGCUUCAUGCUUGGACAUUGUGGCUAGCAUCCCUUCGAAGCAGGUGGUGAAUCAAUCCCCUAGAUAUCAGUCCCAGUCACCAGCUCCAUUCAUGGCAAUCGUUCCUUUCGAUGCUGCCAAUGCUGAUCCAACCAGUACUUCUAGCAUAAUAGAUAUUUCAGAUGAUGACUGAUCCUUUACCCCCAUACCCGGCAAUGCUUUUGAUGGAUGAACAACAUACUGGAUGUUAACAGCUGGUGUCAGACUCGCUGUUUUUUGGAAGUGACAUAGGUUAGCUUAUUGCUUACGAGCAUAGGAUUGCAAAUUUGCAACCCAUAUUCGCAAACACAGUAACAUAAUUUCUUAUGAUCCCAGCAGGACGGCAGAAGUAGACUUGUAUCUUGGGCACGAAGGCCUCUAUACUAGCUUGCACUGUCAGUUUCUUCUUUUUUUUCAUUAACAUUGUGCUAGCAGUAGAGCUGUGCUCUGGCUUUUUGCUGCAACAUUCUGAUCGAGCAGCCGGCUUGCACAUGGUGAUGGUGAACUGAAGCAUGAGCUGAACACGUGUUUGAUCAUUUCUCGUUGUCAGUGUUGGCUUCUGCUCGCGGUUAGCUGUGUCAGUUGAUGCAAGCCUUUAAUCUACUCAGUGUGGAGCAAAUUUGUUUCGAUUACUUGUGCAACUCGCGCCCGUUUGCUGAUCUAUUUUAGACC